GGCCCCAAGUAAAUUAUUCGCGGCCUCGCAACUCAAUUGCCUCAUGCUGCAAAGCCUCAUGCUUUGUCGGGCCCCUAGUUAACUGCACGCCAUGAUCGAUAAGUAAUCCAGGCCACUGGCCACCUAGCUAGCUAGCUGGCUCCUGGCUGCCUGGCAGGGUGGUAUAUAGCGCCCCCGGUGCGGUCGCCUCGGGAGCCUUGGAAGCAGAGAUCUUUGCGUACAGGGAGGACGAGUGCCUCUUCGUCUUUGUUGUUUGCCCAAAGCAACGACGACCCGUCCGCCAGUUCGCAACUCUCAGUAUCUCACUUCAGAGCCGCGCUGCCGGCCGGCGCCCAGCUAGACUUGUAGCAGCAGCAGCGGCAGCGCCAACUCCCAAGGCAAUAGCAAGCAAGCGGCGCGCACCAAGGCAGCCACGGGCCGGCCAAUGUAUUCUUCUCCUUCGCCGGCCUGGGAGAAGCUCAUCAGCAGCGAGGAGCAGAAGAAUCAACCUUGCAGGAGGUUCCACGAGCCAGCAGUCAGCACCCCGCACUGACAUGGCGGCCAGCGCAUCGCCGUCCGCGGCCCUUGUGCUCCUUGUCGCUCUGUUUCUUGCUACGGUGGUGGCGCUGGCGUCGGCAGCGAACGAGACGCGGUCGUUCCGGCCCGGCGACGAGCUCCGGCGGUACAGGAGGGUGCAGGCGCUGCUCAGGCGGCUCAACAAGCCGGCGCUCCGGACCAUCCAGAGCCCCGACGGCGACAUCAUCGACUGCGUGGCGGCGCACCUGCAGCCGGCCUUCGACCACCCGAGGCUACGCGGCCAGAAGCCAUUGGACCCGCCGGUGAGACCGAAAGGGCACCACCUCCGCCCCAGUCCCAAUGACACCGCGGACGCCGGCGUGCAGCUGUGGGCGGCGUCCGGGGAGUCGUGCCCGGAGGGCUCCGUGCCCAUCAGGCGGAUCACGGAGGCGGACGUGCUCCGCGCCAGCUCCGUCAGGCGCUUCGGCAGGGCGCCCGCCGCCAGGGUGCGCCGCGACUCCGUCGCCGGCGGUCACGAGCACGCGGUGGGUUACGUGGCCGGCGACGAGUACUACGGCGCGAAGGCGAGCAUCAACGUGUGGGCGCCCAAGGUGAGCACGGCGUCGGAGUUCAGCCUGUCGCAGAUCUGGGUCAUCGCGGGCUCCUUCGGCAACGACCUCAACACCAUCGAGGCCGGGUGGCAGGUCAGCCCGCAGCUCUACGGCGACAACUCGCCGCGCUUCUUCACCUACUGGACCACGGACGCGUACCAGACCACUGGGUGCUACAACCUCCUCUGCUCGGGGUUCAUCCAGACCAACAGCCGCAUCGCCAUGGGCGCCGCCAUCUCCCCGACCUCCGCCUACAACGCCGGCCAGUUCGACAUCAGCCUGCUCGUCUGGAAGGAUCCGAACCACGGCAACUGGUGGCUGGAGUUCGGCUCCGGCGAGCUGGUGGGGUACUGGCCAUCGCUGCUGUUCAGCCACCUGGCGUCGCACGCGAGCAUGGUGCAGUUCGGCGGCGAGGUGGUGAACACGCGGGCGUCGGGGUCGCACACGGCCACGCAGAUGGGCAGCGGCCACUUCGCCGGCGAGGGCUUCGGCCGGGCCUCCUACUUCAGGAACCUGGAGGUGGUGGACUGGGACAACAGCCUCGUGCCACUCGCCGCCGGAUUCCACGUCACCGCCGACCACCCAAACUGCUACGACAUCCAGGGCGGCGUCAACGCCGUCUGGGGGAACUACUUCUACUACGGCGGGCCAGGCAGGAACGUCAAAUGCACGUAGCAGGCUAGCAGCAAUGCAAGGGCCAAGGGGAUUAAAGAACAGGAGGCAGUCAUGCAGAGGAGGAUACUUUUUUGGUUUAAUUUCCAUGUUGGUCCUUUCUUUUCUUUUUCUUGCAAAAGGUUCAUUUCUCAAAAGGGAGAAUCGAUCAUGUAAUUUCUUCGUUUUUCUUUUCUCUUUUUUGGUGCUCUAAAACAAAUUUCAGUGCCAGGUGAGGUCAGUGCAAUACUAGUCAAGGUCAUCAGGUAGUGAUGAGCUGUAAUGUAAAAGCCCCUGAACAAUGUAGCCAAGUUAGCAGUAUAUACAUUGCAUUGUCUAUCAACAACAAGCACAA